GGAUCUCGUCUCGAUUCGGUGUCGGAAGGGGAAUGUGGCCUUCGCUUUGAGGGCGGAAAGCAGCGCUUUCAUCUCUUUCACCGGCGAUAUCUUGUUCUUUCGUGGAGGGUUUGGAAUUCCUGCGGCGGGUUUCUUGAUUCGGCGGACGGUAGAGGAGUCACGGAUCCACGAUCAGUAUGAGAUGGUGGAGGGAAGGGCUUGUUUAUCUAGAGAGGUUACAAAUGGGUUAGAGAUUUUGAAGCGCAAAAGGCUUCAAAGGAUGAAGUCAGGUACAGCGCCUGAAGCAACUCAUACUGGCAAUAUGAUGGCUAGAAGUGGAGGUGACGCUUUAAAAGCUUCUGCAUCAUGUGGUGUGAGGAUGCAUGGAAACUCAAAUACAUUUUCUGGUGGCAGUUUUCCUGUUAAGGACGCUUUUUCAAAGCAUAGAGUGGAAAAGUUUGACUUGUCUAACUUAGAAUGGAUUGAGAAGAUCCCAGACUGCCCUGUAUUCUGCCCCACAAAGGAGGAGUUUGAGGAUCCACUGCAUUAUCUCCAGCAGAUUGCUCCUCUGGCCUCAAAAUAUGGUAUGUGUAAGAUUAUUUCCCCUAUUAGUGCUUCUGUACCUGCUGGCGUCGUAUUGAUGAAGGAGCAAGCUGGAUUUAAGUUUACUACUAGAGUGCAACCUCUACGUCUUGCUGAGUGGACUACUGAUGACAAGGUCACCUUUUUCAUGAGUGGAAGAAAGUAUACUUUUCGAGAUUUUGAGAAGAUGGCAAACAAGGCAUUUGCUCGAAGAUACUCUAGUGCUGGAUGUCUCCCAGCUAAGUACUUGGAAGAACAAUUUUGGCAGGAAAUUGCUUUUGGCAAGACAGAUUCUGUUGAGUAUGCAUGUGACAUUGAUGGUAGUGCCUUCUCAUCUUCUCCAAAUGAUCAACUUGGAAAAAGCAAAUGGAACUUGAAGAGACUUUCUCGGCUGCCCAACUCUGUACUGAGGCUUCUGGGGACAGCAAUUCCAGGAGUAACAGAUCCCAUGCUCUAUAUCGGGAUGCUUUUUAGUACGUUUGCUUGGCAUGUGGAAGAUCACUACUUGUACAGCAUCAACUAUCAUCAUUGUGGAGCAUUUAAAACUUGGUAUGGAAUUCCAGGGCAUGCUGCUUCAGAGUUUGAAAAGGUUGUUCGUGAGCAUGUUUAUGAUCGUGAGCUUUUGGCUGGUGAAGGAGAUGAUGCAGCAUUUGAUGUACUCUUGGGGAAGACUACGAUGUUUCCUCCAAAUAUUCUGUUAGAACAUAAUGUUCCUGUUUAUAAAGCUGUACAAAAACCUGGAGAGUUUGUUAUCACCUUUCCUCGGGCUUAUCAUGCAGGCUUCAGUCAUGGUUUCAAUUGUGGAGAGGCGGUCAACUUUGCUACUGGUGAUUGGUUUCCCUUGGGUGCUGCGGCUAGCCAGCGUUAUGCACUUCUUAGCAGAACACCGUUACUUCCUCAUGAGGAGCUUCUCUGUAAGGAAGCAAUGCUUCUUUCUAAGAUACUGUUGAAUCCUGAUCCCAAAGAGCCUUACCCUUUGGCUGAAGAUUUGCCCUCCGAACAUUGCACUAAGGUUUCUUUUGUGCAUUUAAUGCGGUUCCAGCACCGCGCUCGUUGGUCACUAAUGAAAAUGGGAGCUUGCAUGGGCUAUAAGCCAUGUAUUCCUCUAGUGGUGCUGUGCAGCAUCUGCCGACGUGAUUGUUAUGUUUCUUAUGUUGAAUGUGACUGCCAUCUGGGUCCCAUCUGCCUCCGUCAUGAGGAAGAGCUGAGAAAGUGCCCUUGUGGCUAUAAUCGCAUUGUGUUUUUAAGGGAAGACAUUCUCAAAUUGGAGGCUGUAUCAAGAAAAUUUGAGGAGGAUGGAAUAUUAGAGGAGGUUCAAAAGCAAGCACAGCAUGUUGAUGACUCAUGUCUGCAACCAAACUUGUUCCAAUGUGCAGAUGAUGGAUACAAGCCAUAUUGUGAGAUAAAGUUUGAAGAACAUCCUGAUGCAGAUGAAGUGGGUCUGUUGCAUAACGAUGGGUAUGCAAAUUCUAAUAGGGCGAAGCCUUCUCAGAUGGUAUCAGCCAGUGAAUUUGAAUCUGCAGUACCAGUUGCAUCUGACAAAAGUGCCAAUGCUAACCAAGCCUGUUCUCAUGACACUUCGACUUUACAUGAAAGUGAUGAUUCAGAUUCAGAAAUAUUCAGAGUUAAGCGCAGGUCCAGCUUGAGCAUAGAUAAAAGACCUGCGGUUGAGAUGAUAAGGUUUACUGAACACCAGGUAUUGAAACGGUUGAAGAAGCUCCAUCCUGAAGGAAGACACGUGCAUACAUCAUCACCAGAAUAUUCUCAUGUUAUGGCAAAUCGCAGUUCCGUUCGAAAUGUCCAUUCUAAACCGAAUCCAGUUCCUGUUUCUAGAAACAGGCUUGGGGAACGAGUUGCCCAAAUACCCAUAAAGAUCAGGCUGCAACCCUUGGAGGGUAAGUUUAGAAAUGAUGGUGAAUCUGUGACAUUAAAAUUUAAUGAGAACCAAAAGGACAUUCUUCAAUGUAACAUUGAGGAAAACGUCAAGGAAUCACCAUCCAUAGAGCUUGGGCCAAAGCGCCUCAAAAUUAGAGGACCUUUUCCUAACAGUUCUGCGGAUGAAGGUAGUUCUAGCUGUUGACCCCCGAAAGGCAAAGAUUUAACCUGCGGGCAUGCGUUUCCAAGUAUGCCGCGCGAGACUGAUGCUAACUACGAUUUUAACUGGGCUCUAACACUACAGAAAGCAAGGGCUCAACGUCAGGUGGUGGUUGAUUAACAAGGUAUGUUUUAGCGCAGGAGGAUUCACGUAAUCGAUUCUUUGUGCAGGCCUCAAAUUGAGGCGCUCGCACGAUUCUGGAUUCAUGGUUUGGUCCACGCAUGUCCUAUUCUUUUCUUUUCUGUCUUGGGCAGGGGAUUUUGUGAAAGCGGGCAGGAAAGAAAUUGUGGAACCUUUAUUUGUAUAAUCAAUCCUUGUAAGGUGUGUAUGCUUCAAGGGGUCGGUCUACUGUUCUUCCAAUUUAUUUUAUUCUUUUUUUGAUACAAAUUUACUCUAUUCUUUUUAUACGUAGUUUCAAUAAUAAAGUGCCAUUUUAACUGACC